AUGUCCAAUAGCGUUGGUGGUGAGGCAACUACUCUCAAAAUUGUUGUUGUUGGCGACGGUAACGUGGGUAAAACAUGUCUAUUAAUCGUCUAUUCUGGAAAGGAAUUUUUGAAUGACUAUGUUCCAACAGUUUUCGAUAAUUAUAGUUGUAGUGUUCUCGUAGAUAAUAGAAAGGUAAACCUUACUUUGUGGGAUACUGCUGGUCAAGAGGAUUAUGAUCGUUUGAGACCUCUCUCCUAUCCUGAUACAAACGUCUUCUUACUUUGUUUCUCCUUAGUUGAACAUUCUUCAUUUGUCAAUGCUAAGGUUAAAUGGCACACUGAAAUUAGCAAGCAUUGCCCUUCAGCACAUGUUAUCUUGGUAGGAACCAAGCUCGAUUUGAGAAAUGAUGUGAACUAUGUCAAGAAAAUGGAAGCAAGAGAAGAAAAAAUUGUAACAUACAAGGAAGGCCAAGAAUUGGCAGACUUUUUGGAUGCAGCUGGUUAUGUGGAAUGUUCUUCCAAAACAAAAAUUGGUUUGAAGAAGGUAUUCGAUGAUGCCAUUCGAGUUAGUUUGUAUGGUAGAAUGACACCAAAGAAAAACAACAAGAAGGGUGGACUCUGUAUGUUAUUGUAA